CACGACCAAAAAAAAAAAAGGUAAAGGAAAAAAAAUGAGAGUAAAAAUUAUCAAAUGUAUCAUUUUAUUUUACAAAUAUCAGAAAAUGUGUUGUUUUUAUCAAAAGGAUCAACAUUUUUGGUCGCUCGCUCGCUUUGCCCUAGGUCUAUACGCCAUGUCUGACCUCCCCAUUUUUUGCUCAUUACAAAUAAGAUGUGUAAUGUACGUUUUCUUUUUUGUCGAGUAAAUGCCAUUUAUCGUAGAUAAAAAUUAAGUUCCAUUGUACCUGAUCUGAAAGAGUUCCACCGGUUACAAGUACGUAAAGUACUUUAUUCAAAAUUAAAUUCUGUACAAUUAUUAAUUCACCGGUGUUUCAACUGGGGAGGGGUACGAGGGCUUGGAACCCCACGACAUAGGAAAAGGAUAAGGAGGAAAAUCAUGAAAAUGAAAAGAUAGGGGUGAAAUAUGAUAUUAUUUUCCGAAUACAUAUAUGGGAGAAAACAUUUAUUUUUGUACCACACUUAUGACAUCUUUAAAUUUCAUUAUGAUAUCUUAUCUUAAUCGCCAUUUUUCAGGCAAAUAAUCUCAAUUUGAAUUCCAUCCCAUAUUGAAUUGUAUUGAAUUGUAUUUCAAAGCAAUGUAUGUAUGUAUCAGUACUGCUCAUGUAGGAUUGAAUUCUUGAAGUGGUGUUCAGCUAUGUUUGCAGGUAAUGCCGUGGACCGUACAUCAUGUACAUGCUAUGGUAGCUAUUAUACCAUUCUAUUGUCUAAAGUGUAUUGUUGUCAACUCACGUUCAAUGAGAGAGCCGAGGACCAUGGAGGGAUAAAUGGUGGUGACUGGCGAACGACCUGUCAUGGAUAAGCAUCGGACAAUGGCCGAAGAUCCUCCCAUUGGCCAGACUUUGUGAUGGUUGAACUUGACAGCUAGAAGCCCGGGAUUAGCGGCGUAGGAUCAAGAUCAGACGGAUCUCUGAUCUUACCGGCUCAUUAAGUCAUCAUGAUUAUUGAUAUCCAGUGAUAGAUGGAAGGCUUCGUGGACAAGUUUGGACAGAAUAAAGAGCUUUCAAAUUCUCGACAUAACAUCACUUCUGCUUUGAGCAUUCACCAGUGCACAACUACGACAACUAACUCUAAACACUAUCAUUACAUCAGCUUUCAGGUUCCCAACUAUACACCUAGCCAACUCUAUCUAUUUUAAUUGGACAGGAUUAAAGUGGAAUAAUAUAUUAGCAUCAUGACUUCUCUGACUUCAAAGUACUUACAGCUUCCAGAUGCUAACUCGUGUGAUAUUGGCAAACCAAGUCCACUUGCCAUGUUAGCUGCAACCUGUCGAAAGAUCGGCACAUCACCAGGCGUGUCUUCUCGUCGAGUGCCGAGGAUACCUUCACCACAACCCCAGCUCACUCCGUUGUCGACGACCUCGCCUGUUUCUACAUCAUCAUCCUGUUCGUACCUUCCACCUACUCCACCACCGUCACCACACAUGACAUCGUCAUAUCCAGCGUUGUCGGUAUCACCUGAGCCUACCGAGUUGUCAGCUCUCCGAUCAGUUAGCCCGAUCAUCCCUGGUCAUCAGCCAUGCUACUAUCCUCUUUAUCAACCUGUUAUGCGGUACUCUCCUUACUCUACUACACCUCUAUCAAGACCAAGAGUACAACCAUCAUCCAUGAGCUACCAUCUAGCUACCACUCCAUACUCAUCGUGUACUCCUGUGGUUGUACCAGUACCAACAUUCAACCACACGCUUCAUUCAUCAUCGUCACCACCCAUGUUCGGGGUCUACCCUCAUCAUGACCAACCCAUCCAUGCUACGACGUCGUCAAUGAAGGUCCGCCCUACGAGGAAUCAAAGAUCACGCCGAGUGGUAAUCAAGGAUGAGGAAGAGGAGAUCAUCGAUGUCGUAUCGCUCUGAAGAAUAUAGACUUUGUUUUGAUAUGGUAUACGUAAAUAAUAUAUUUGAGAUUUGAAGUCGCUUGUAGCGACCUCAUGUCUUUAGUUGUGAAAUAAAUCUAUUCGAAAAUGCA